AUUUUCCACCUCCGAUCUCGUGGACUAGUUCCAAUCGGCUGCUUCAAUCUUUCUCUUCCUCGGCCCCCCCGCCUCCAGAUUGCAUCCCGUCGAGCAAUCGCCUCGUUUGGCUGCGGUAAUCCCUUCUAUUUUCCGUGACAAUCGCCUUUCGUACUCCUGCGUGGCAACUAAUUUUGGUUUCUUCCGGUCCUUGGAUGAAAAUAUCGACAAUCGGAGGCUAUGGUUUUUGAUUGAUUGAGCUUGUACAAAAAGAAAUGCCUCGGACGGUAUCUCGAUCUCCUUCUUAUAGGAGAAGGCGCUCUCCUUCUCCCCGGUACAGCAGCAGGAGGAGCAGAAGGGAUCGCAGCCGAUCCCCCUAUUCUUAUAGAAGAAGUCGUUCUCCUUCACCAAGAUGGCGAAAGAGUCACUCUCCAAGUCCUCAAAGAAGAGUUAGUCGAUCUCCGCCACCAAGAAGACACAGAAGGCAGAGGAGUAGGAGCAUAUCAAAUUCGGUCUUAAGCAAGUCUGAAAGCCCUAGUCUUGAUUUGCAUGAAAGACAAAGAUUGGAAGAGGAGAAGAAACGGCGACAAAAGGAAGCAGAACUGAAACUCAUAGAAGAAGAAACUGCUUUGCGGAUUGAGGAAGCUAUCAAAAAGAAGGUUGAGGAGUCUCUAAACUCCGAGGAGAUCAAGCUUGAGAUACAAAGACGAAUUGAAGAAGGCCGCAAAAAGUUAGUCGUUGAGGUUGCAGCUCAACUUGAGAAAGAAAAGGAAGCAGCUCUUAUCGAGGCAAGGGAGAAAGCGGAACGAGAGCGAAGAGAGAGGGAGGAGCUGGAGAAGAUGCUCGAGGAGAACCGUAGAAAAGUGGAAGAGGCCCAAAGGAAAGAAGCUUUGGAGCAGCAGCAAAAAGAGCUGGAGCGGUAUCUGGAGCUGGAAAGAAUUCAGAAAGAAAAGGAAGAAGCAAUGCGAAGAAAGAAGAUGGAGGAGAAAGAAGAAAGAGCAAAUCAGACGAAGCUAUUAGGCAAGAACAAGUCUCGUCCGAAGUUAUCCUUUGCAUUCGGAGUCAAGUGAGAGAAACUGAGGAAUUAAGUUUGGCCGUUAUAUUUCUGACCCAAAAAAACCAGGAUGUGCUGUUGCCUCUUGUUAGCCUGGUACCAGCUAAUUACCAGCUGUUCAAAUUGUGGAGAUCAAACUGAAUCAAGAAAAUUUCAAUUUCAUAUCGAGGAUGAUUUACGCCA